AUGUUUCAGCUGCCCAUCUUGAAUUUCAGCCCCCAGCAGGUCGCCGGGGUCUGUGAGACCCUGGAGGAGAGCGGCGACGUGGAGCGCCUCGGUCGCUUCCUCUGGUCGCUGCCCGUCGCUCCGGCGGCCUGCGAGGUCCUCAACAAGAACGAGUCGGUGCUGAGGGCCCGGGCGGUCGUCGCCUUCCACACCGGCAAUUUCCGUGAACUCUACCACAUCCUGGAGAACCACAAGUUCACCAAAGAGUCGCACACCAAGCUGCAGGCUCUGUGGCUGGAGGCGCACUACCAGGAGGCGGAGAAGCUGCGAGGACGGCCGCUGGGACCGGUGGACAAAUACCGGGUGAGGAAGAAGUUCCCACUGCCCAGAACCAUAUGGGACGGAGAGCAGAAGACCCACUGCUUCAAGGAGAGAACCAGGCACUUGUUAAGAGAGUGGUAUUUGCAGGAUCCAUACCCAAACCCCAGUAAAAAGAGGGAGCUGGCUCAGGCUACAGGACUAACACCCACACAAGUAGGGAACUGGUUCAAAAACCGCAGACAAAGAGACAGAGCAGCGGCGGCCAAGAACAGGCUCCAGCAGCAGGUCCUGUCCGGCGGCUCGGUUCGCUCCCUGGCCGACGAGGACGGCACCGUGGACCGGCUCGGGAACUCGUCCAGUCCGGAGGCCAGUCUGUCCAGCAAAGCAGCCGCCUCGGCCAUCUCCAUCUCCAUCACCUCCAGCGACAGUGAAUGUGACAUCUGACGGGCAGAUCGACGGCGUUGAUGAAUUAAAAGGAGGAUACGAGAGAAAGACAAUCCAAUAAAACAAGUCAUAGUGCCUGCGUUGAGUAAACACACACACAUACACACACACAUAUACUGAUAUUUGAUGGGUGCCAAAACAUGAGAGGAUCUGUGAUCUGCAGUGGACUGCCCGUCCUUUUUCAUUUUUAGGCCUACUUUUUUUUUGUUUGCGUUUUACCCACGUGUGGAUAACUGAACUUAAUAUGGACGAAAUAUAUUUGACGGACUAAUAAACCAACUCCCCGAGAUGAAAAGUUAAAAAAGAAGGAGGAAAAAAAAAUACAAAAAGAGGGACGAAGGCAUUGGAGCAUCUGACCUGCUGUUCUCUGUGGGUAUUUCAUGUUGAAAAAGAACUGUGAUAUUUUU